UCACAGCCUGGAACAAAUCGAUUGAGCCUCUACGAAUCGACUCCACGCUUCAAAUUUUGGUCCCGCGAGCUUGGUCCGCUGAAACGUGCAGUGUCGUCGGGUCCGGGAACCGGCAUUGAAGGGCUCCAUGUGAUGGGCUAGAUGGAAAAGGUGUAGCCUCACAAACUGUCCCUUGCUUCGUCACGAUACCGGCGACUGGGCUUUCUCUUCACCUCUUCUUCUGGGAUUGAAUACGGGUUUAUCGAGGCCCCGAAAGCAUAUCAGCGCCGCCAUGUCCGCAUCCGCCCUCUCCAGGCACCGCACUGACACGGUCAGUUCUGGAAGGUCGUCUAGGGAUCGCGGCACUAAGACACAGGACUUCACCAUGUCGCCGUCCAGUAUCCCGCGGUACUUUGAGCCGGCCGCGGCCACUGCCUCCAUGUUUCUCUACGCGCAAGGUACCUCAAUCGUCUGCGCCCACCAUGAUACCCUGACCAUUGAGAGGCGCUUUUCUCGACAUUCGGACGAGGUCCAAUUGCUCGCCGUUGAUAAUCACAGCGAGCUUGGAGGUGGUAGACUGGUGGUCAGCUACGAUGCUGGCCAAACAGCCAUAGUAUGGGACCUUAUGACUGGUGAUGAAGUGGCUCGCUUUUCUUCUUACGAACAUUUGACCACUGCCGUAUGGAUGCGAAGCGGGAAUGUUGCGUUUGGGAAUACCCAGGGCAAUAUCAUCCUCUUCGAGCCCACAACUUCAGAACACAUCUCUGCGAGAACGAUUGAUCAAAUAGCCGUCACAGCCUUGGCUCCUGCCGCAGAUUGUCGCACAUUUGCUAUUGGAUAUCAGAAUGGCUCCCUCCUUAUAGCCACACUACAACCAAGAUUCACGAUUCUCCACAACCUGACCACAUCGAGAGGCCCGUCACCUAUCGUUACACUCCAUUGGCACGCCUCUUCAUCCCGGCAGAAGUCGGACAUGCUCGCCGUUCAGACUCACGAUGGCGACCUCCGAGUCUGGAGCGUGUCCAAAGCCUACAACAGCGACGACCCGGCCAAGGUGGUCAGGAUACUGAAACGGACCGAGAACCAAAUCACAGCCCCUAACUGGAUGGCCUGGUCCAAGAACGGCCGCAUAAUUCAAUAUUCAGACUCGCAGACAAUCUCCUGGGAUGUAAGGACUAAACAUGUCACGUAUGACAGCAUCCCCACGCUUGACCACGUCAGGGGUCUUGCCGUUUAUGGCCCCGGGGCAAACCUUUUCACUCUCGGCGCCAACAACACGGUGCAGCAAUUCGACCUCAACUUCCCCGCCCUCAUGGUGGCUAAUGUCCAACACCCGGCCAAUCUUCUGCCCCCAUCGCCUCCGGUAUCCAUCGAGGAGCAGAUGAACCAGUCGGCGAAAAGCGCGACCACAAUCGCGACCGAUUCGGAUGCCACUUCAGGGACCGUCGAGAUGGGUAUUUCGGAGAGCGAUGAUGACCACGUGUCCGCCUUCGCUCGUAUGGUUCGCCGGGACGACUCGGAGUCUUCCGCUCAUGGAGACCGAUACGACACCGCAAGUCCCGCCUCCAGUCUCAGCAGAGGCUCGUCGAUAUCGAGAUCCUCCACCGGUUCUGCAACUCCCGGUCGCUACCCGUCGUCCGUAAUCUCCCGGUCUCGCACCGAAAACACUUACAUCUCGUCUGGCGCCUCGUCUAUGCGGUCUUCCCAGGUUUCCGCACACAGGGAGCGGGAUUUGUAUUCAGCUAGCGGCAUGAGCGGAACAUCGACAAGAUCUCGGCAUAAGCAAUCCCGCUUGCGUCACGAGGUUCUCCCGAGUCCACAAGAGUCUAAAGUCAAUGACUUGUUCAAGUUUACCCGAAGCCGUCUCAGCGACGUUCCUCAUAAGCGCCCUAUGAUCAGUGAGACGGGCCGGCUCACUAACGAUGACCUUCGCCGACAAAUGCUGAGCACGAUUUUUGGCUGGCAUAAAGAAAUGGAUGACUUGGUUCGGGACGAAAUGAGUCGCCAUACUACCGGGUCGCCAAGCCGCAUUCUUCUUGCGAAGUGGCUAGGCGACAUUGGUGUCGACGUGAUGGCUGCCGGUUCGGAGUCAAUGACAUCGUCGGACUGGAUGUUGCUGGCGCUCAGCGGAAUCGGCGGCCAGGGUGUCCAGGCCGCUCAGCAUAAGCUUGGUCGUGCAUUUGUGCAGAGACUACUGGAGAGCGGUGAUAUCCAUGCCGCCGCCACCAUCUUGAUAGGCAUGGGUGACUACAACGAUGCCAUCGAGAUCUACGUGUCGCAUAAACAAUACAUGGAGGCCCUCAUUCUUCUGUGCCUUUUCUUCCCGGCUGUCUGGGAACGUCAGGCUGUAGUCAUCAGGAAAUGGGGAGACUGGGCGAUUGCGCAUGGGCAGCGAGAACUGGCAGUGCGAUGCUUUGCUUGCACCGGACAGGAAUCUUCGGAACCCUGGACAUCUCCAUCGGCUGCUCAGGUCAAUUUCCAGAGCCUUAACUCCUCAGUGAACCAGGGCAUUCCCGAAGUCCUCUCCCCACCCCUGUCUCCCCCUGGUAUUAACCGCGGACCACAACGAAGCAUCGCCAAGACGUCAGCGCUGAAGCUUAUCACUUCGUUUGGUGACCAAGGCACGAAGUCAAAGUUCUUUUCUCAAGCGGAUGGAGGCCAAACUCCCAUUGCCGCCGGCGUCACUCCCAUUGCAGAUUCGGCGAUUUCUCCCGGAGGGUUUGAUGUCACUACUGCUUUUAUCAAGCCUUCCAGCCGGAGUCAAUUCAAUACGCCAAGCUCUGCGAGAUCCAACUCGUCGGCCUUUGGCCGCAAGCGCCUCCCGUCUAUUGGAGAAGUAGCCGCGGACAUACCCCGGGAUCGGAAGGCUGGCGAGCUGUCGACUCAUGGGCCUGACUCGAACGACGCUCGUAGGGGAUACUUGCGUAUGUCCUCCGACGAACAAGAGGUGCUGGCCGCGGGCCUCACCCUACAACGUGCUGCUACGGCGAGCCCGAUGAUGAUGCGGGACCGCAGGACUGCCGUGAAAGACCACGACAGGGGCCCGCUCCCCUCACCCGAUGCCUUGGUCACAGUGAAGAUGGAGAGCAGCGCGAACCGUCGGAAUGGCUCACGCGACCGCAUUCCCAAGGGUCUUCAGCUUCAGCUUCGACCUAUCGACCCUCACGGUUCCGAGAUUGCCUCUCCGGAACAAUCGGUUACCUCUUCCACUCGUUAUCAUUGGCCGUCUCGGCGACGAGGCCCCGGGUCAGUCGCAAGCUCUGCCACAUCUCAAUCCAGUGCAGGCCGGAGCCAUCGCAGCAAUACUACGGGGGGUGGAAGACAGGACUAUAUUCAUAGCUUGGAUGCUGCUCAGCACUAUUCUCGAAAACAGCGAAGCCGACACAGCAGCCGGGAAGGCCGACGCGAAUCCCGCGGCCGGGACCGUGAGGGAAGCCGUUCUCGCACCCGCACUGGGAAAUCGCGGGAGAGAUCUGAAGAUCGCGGCCGCUCUGCGACUCGCAACUGGCCCAAGGCGAAGCGAUCACCUACCUCGCCAAUCCCCAUGUCUCCCGAGGACCUCAUCAACCUUAGUACACCCAAGUUUCUUGACGGAGGCAUAGGCGAUGACCCUGUCACGGCGAGGAAGAGCAGCAAGACCCGAUCGAAGACGGCCAGUCGUGCAUCGAGUCGGGGUAGCCACAGCCGUCACAAUAAGGCCGAGGAAAAGAUGAUCCCACCUCCUCUGGAUCUCAGCGGCCGUGGUAAGGGGCGUGAAAGUUCUCUGGUCCGGUCGCCCUCCUCGCCAGUACCCAUGUCUGCCCAUACCAUCCAUUGUCAAGGAUCGGAGGAUGAAGAAGAUUACAGGAGGGCCUUGGAGGACAAGGAACGGUUCCGCAUUCGCCACAAUAGGAGCGCUAGCCAAAGCAUUGGUGGCGACCCGACGUCUCCUGUCUCGACAAGACGCGAGCGUUCGGAAAGCCGGCGUCGGCGUCAGAACACAUCCCAAGAGUAUCAGCGCGAGCCGGCACCGGCACCGACACAAUCUGCUCCACAAGGCUCCUCUGCUAGGGAUCACGCUGGUGAUCUGAAGGCGAUGAAAGACGAGCGGCAGCGCAAAAAGGAGCAGGCAGCCCGUGAGCUGGAAGAGCGCCGUAAAUCGCUGGCUAAGCGGCCCUCGGCCCCUCCUAUUCCCCAUCCGAACGACAUCUCCUCUGCUUUGGGCCAAAUCGUGGAGGCGCCUGCUUCUCUCCAGAGUGACGCGCCAUUGCGGAGCCGUGAUGAGCAGCCCCGAAGCAUGUACGCUCGCAGUGGAAAUGCCAGCGGCGUCUACAUCGGGCUCCCGGCGACCCCGAAGGCGAUGCGACUCAUCCUGGAGUCGGACAACAAUGGUUAUGGCAACGCUGACGUGCCGCCCAUCCCAACAACCUUUGCUCAACGACACUCUCCAGCCACUUCGCCCCAGCAAUCGCCCGAAAAAGAAAAAGAAGCCGUGCCCCUGACUCUUCUUCCGUCGACGGUAUACCAGCCACCAGCUCGACCCCAGAUCCCCCGUAGCAUGUCAGCGCCGAUUCCAGAAGAUCCCCCGCACAUGCGGCGAUAUGCGGACAAACCUCACAUUCGGACUCAUUCCCGGGCAAACUCAACAAUGAAGGGCGCAUUGGGCGAAAUGCGCGGAAUUGACGAGACCCUAGGCAGCAACGAAGGACCGGCCCGGCGGGCAUCGCACGAUGACCAUAUGCCACCACCGCCUCCGCCUCCUCCCCCACCUUUCCUGAAGGAACUUCAACACCUAGCGACACCACCACCCCCUCCCCCCGCCCCGUUGCCACAUAUGGCCUCUGCUGGAGCGGGGGCUCUGGUGAACGGAAUGAUCGAAAUCGUCGUCGACGACGACGAGCCCCCUGCCACUGUAGCUGCCCCAAUGGAUAUGACGGUGCCGGUCCUAGCUCCUCCCGCGCCACGGAGCUCCAAAGGCCAUUCACGCGGACGCAGCUUCACAGAUCGCGAUCGCGACCAUGGUUUUGCGAGUCGCCUGUCCAAGGCGACGGAGCGGCUGCGGUCCGCCAGCCGCGGACGCAAGGAGGCAGGUGCAUCACGCAUGCGUUCACCAGUUGACGGCGCCGCCCAGGUCGCCCCUUACGAGAGCGUUCCGCCUCCUGGCUAUUUAUAAGAUCCAAUCUUGUGCGGCGGUGUCCUAUGGUCGACACUGUACCAGUCCCGGGCAGACAGGAUAGCGAGACGAGUUUAGCUCUUUUCUUUUA